AUGUACGGGACCCUUUCCAAGCUUCUUCUAUUUAUUCGGCUCUUCCAGGCCCAAGACACGGGGUCGACGACGACAGUCGCGGAGAACGGCACAGCUAAAGCCACUCCCUGGCAAGGCUGGGCUCCAGAUCCAGCACGUCCUGAUGAGAAACCAUGGAUUCAGUGGAUGAACGAUCCUCAGUUCCAAGGCAAGGCUUUGAUGAAACAGGCGGGAAACGAUUUGAAGCAACGUCAGCGUCAACGUGAACGUGAAGCAGAACGCGGACGGGAGAGGGAGAGGAAGCACAAGCCGUCUCCCCGUCCUCAGACUUUGAGUCCCCGAGCUACAGUAGCCGAAGGCGGGUAA